UGACGUCGGUCGGUUGGUCCCCCUUGUAUUGUAAUAUCACUGCUGACAUUUGUUACACUUUUUAUUGUAACCUAUUCUCUCAUAUUAAAAAGUAAAUACGCGCAGUCAUCAUUGGUUCACGCCUGGCUCACCACACGCUGGAUUAAUUUCGUAGAGAUAAUAUUUGUUUCAAUCUUAGGUUUUUUAAAUUAAAUUACAAAAAUGUUUGGAUUUAACAUGUUUCCCGAAACCCUUCGGCCCUUCAACACCCAGUAUAAAUGCUUCUCUGUAUCUAUGUUUCCCGGCAAUGAACGCGAAGAUGUUGAACGUGGAGGAAAAAUCAUCAUGCCACCUUCAGCCCUUGACACUCUAACCAGGUUGAACAUUGUUUACCCAAUGUUGUUCAAAUUGACAAACAAAAAGACAAACAGGAUAACUCACUGUGGUGUACUUGAAUUUGUUGCUGACGAAGGAAAAGUGUAUCUUCCCUAUUGGAUGAUGCAUAAUUUACUUUUGCAAGAAGGAGAGCUUUUAAAUGUUGAGUGUAUGCCUCUGCCGGUAGCUACGUAUGUGCGUUUCCAACCACAAUCAGAAGAUUUUUUAGACAUCUCCAACCCCAAGGCAGUGCUGGAAAAUGGACUCAGAAGUUUUGCUUGUCUAACGACUGGGGAUAUCAUUGCAAUCAAAUAUAAUUCACGCAUUUACGAAAUGUGUGUUUUAGAAACAAAGCCUGGUUCAGCUGUUACAAUUAUUGAAUGUGAUAUGAAUGUCGAAUUUGCACCACCUGUUGGCUAUAAGGAGCCUGAAAAGCCAGUAACCAAAGAAGAAAAUUCUGUAGAUCCAGUAGAUCUGAUGCCAGAACCAACAGGAUUUGUGGCUUUCAAAGGGCAUGGAAACCGACUUGAUGGAAAGAAAAGGAAAGAAUCGGCCCAAGUUGAAACAGCAACAGAAAAGCCAAUUUACAUAAGAGGAAUACCAGACUAUGAUUACAACAUAGGGAGUUUGAAAUUUUUGCGGAAUGUCAAACCAGUCAAUAACAAGGAGGUAAAAGAUCAGGACGAAUUCAAAGCCUUUACAGGAGAAGGUUUUUCUUUGCGCAAGUCAAAAAAGUGAUAAAAUUAUGCUUCUAGACCACGAAUUCAUUACAAAAGGUUUUUUACAAAAGAAAUUGUAUACGCCUUAGUGCAUACAGUACUCAGCACGAUGUCGGAGUACACAAACUGAUACAAAACGUGUUUUUUCAUCAUGUGAAUAUUAUGUGAAUACAUGUAAAAAAUAUAAUUAUAAAAAAAUUGUAUAAGAUAAGUUUCCGACUGCACCUACAGCGGUUCCAUGAUGAUAAUCGUUUUGAGCAAUUAUCGCGCGAUACACGUAAAAAAUAACUAUUACCAACAAUCGUAUUUAUUAAUCUAAUAAAAGCCAUUAAGAGUGUGUGCUCGGCUUUGUGUGGUCUUGAGUGAGGAAAAACUCGCGUCCUAAUUUUACAACUCUUUCAGAUUGUCCCAUCUUCAUAGUGUCAACACGAAUGAAGAUAACAAGGUAUCCUGAACGAAUAAGUAAACACGAUUUCAUGUAAUUGUAAUAUAAGAUUAACUGCAACUCAUCUCUUUUUUCUUUUUAACGAUACCAGAUAUUCAAUUAUUGCUUAAUAGACGUUAUACAAACCGUAAUACUUGAAGAAAA